AUGAUUGACGGGACAGAUGUGGUACGUGGGGAGAUUCUCCUCCUUCAAGCGCAUCAUUUAAUCAUCCCCCCGUCUAUAUGUCGAUCCAUUUGUCCAUCCCAGAACCUUCCAAUCGUUCACCAUUACACGGGAGAGUACAAUAAAUUGUUUGGUUGUCGAGGGGAGAAUCUCUACGUUGCAAAUCAUGUUGGAUGGAGGGGUCGCGUUCAUCCGCUUGCACUUACAAUUCCAUCCAGCCAUUCAUUCGUGCCGGGUCUCUCUGUCCGUUGCGGUGGCUUGAAUGCGAAGCCUGGUCCUCUUAGGGUUCUCGUCACCGGCGCCGCCGGCCAAAUUGCCUACAAUCUCUCCAACAUGGUUGCCAACGGUAAUCUGUUCGGCAAAGACCAGCAGAUCAUUCUCCACCUCCUCGAUAUCCCCGAAGCCAAGACGGUCCUCGAUGGAGUUGUGAUGGAGUUACAGGACUGCGCUUUUACCGUUCUGGCCGGUAUCGUUCCCACGCACUGCCUUAAGGAGGCUUUCACUGACAUCGACGUUGCUCUAAUGGUUGGUGCUAUGCCGCGCAAACAGGGUAUGGAGCGCAGAGACCUUCUCUCCUCCAACGUAAAGAUCUUCAAGGAGCAAGGUGAGGCCCUCGAUAAGUACGCCAAGAAGACUGUUAAGGUGUUGGUCGUGGGCAACCCUGCUAACACUAACUGUCUCAUCAUGAGCAAGUACGCUCCUUCCAUUCCGAAAGAGAACUUUACUGCCCUUACCCGUCUGGACCAUAACCGCGCCAUCUACCAGGUCGCUGCCAAGGCUGGAGUUCCCAACACGUGUGUGAAGAACGUAUGUAUCUGGGGCAACCACAGCAAUAAGCAAUUCCCCGAUCUGUCUCACGCCGUUGUCACCAAGGAUGGGAAGCAGCACCCGGCUAAGGAGUUGAUCAACGAUGAAAAGUGGGUGAAGGAGGUGUUCACUCCAUGCGUUCAAAAUCGUGGUGCCGCGGUCAUCGGCUUGCGAAAACUCAGUAGCGCCGCAUCGGCCGCCAAGGCAAUUGUCGAUCAGAUGCGCGACUGGUGGUUUGGCACCAAGGAGGGUGAAUGGGUUUCCAUGUCUGUUUACAGCACCGGUGAUCACUAUGGUGCCCCCAAGGACAUCUACUUCAGCUUUCCAGUUACCAUCAAGGAUGGACACUACAAGGUGGUAGAUGGUCUGUCCAUGGAUGAAUGGAGCAGAAGUCUCUUCAAUCUCAGUGCUGACGAGCUAGUUGAUGAACGGGAGGUUGCUCUUGCUUCCUUCAAGUAA